AUGCCUCCAGAUGAAGGUGACCACUCCGUCGAGUCACCGGGAUCAGCGAUUGUGGUGACAACAAGCCCCUCGUACGCAGCAGCUACGCCGAUAUCUCAGCUUCAGACGCCUUCACUACAAGCUGCAAUGACCUCGCAGGAUAUUUAUCUAUGUACGACUAUCGACCUUAUGGCUGCGAACGGCACACAGCAGUCCUUAGAUUACUUCAUCCAUCAUGUUGAAUGCUUCACGCUUACACUGAUCGAUGCGAUCAACUGGCAGCUCUUCAAAGAGCACGCAGCGCUGAUGGCUGAUCGAUGCAUAAUACUAGACGCAGCGAUCCGUGCUCUUCAAGCCAUCCACAAAGGUCAAGCCAAUGGCAUCGCCCUGACCAAAGCAGCAAGCAUGAGACCCUCCACUACCAUUCGACGAGAUGUUCGCAACCGUGCUUACACUCAGCUUUGGCCAGGCACUGAGCCAGAGGCGAUGACCUUCGAUCUGUUGUUGGACGAGAACGGCAUCGCCAGCCGGCGGAUUAUAGCCACGUUCUCGAGACACCCAGUAUCGACAAUAGACAGCAGAAUAGCCGCGUGGUUGCUCAUCGCUCACGCUGCAGCACGGCGAGGAGGUAACACCGGCUUGCUCUCGUCAACGCUACGGAACUGCUUAGAGCACCACUACUAUGCCCAUCCGCUCCCACCGGUCCUGCCAACAGAUCCCAGGGUUCCGCUUCCAACCGAGGUCUCGAUACUGGCCGCACUCACGGCACCCAUAUUUGACAUGUGCACGCGCAUACAAAUCAUAGCUGGCCACACCGCGGACCUCUCACACUACCACAGAUCUCGCAUCACAGCCGAUGACCAAGAAGAGGUCAACAUGCUCCUGAAACAGCUAGAGACCCAGCUACACGACCUUUGGAAGCAAAGAACUCCUCUUCUGCGUCACGAUUCUGUGCAAAUUCGUGAGAGUCUCGCAGCACCAAUCGCGAUCCCGUUCCUACGCCAAACCAGGAUCUGUAAAGCAAUGUACCACACCGAAGUGGUCGAAGUGGGCAGGAUCCUGAGUGAUCCUCCAUUCGCCUCUGAUGAAGCUCGAGUCCAUAUGCGUGCAAUCCGAGAUCUAGUGAUGGAGGAACUCGAAGCGAAUAAUACCAACGAAGAAGCAGACAAGGCCCUCCCAGUGGGCUUCCUCCGACCACUUUUCCUCCAUGCCAUCGAGAGCCUGUACGAGCACGAAUCAACUUGGGCAAUAAAAGAGAUGCGGCGUAUCAAGGACUCUAUUUGCCGAAGUGACUUCUUCGCAAGGUUUGCAGAAGGUCUCUGCCAGGCACAGAGGGCGAAGAGAAGACGGGUCACGACAAGGUGGUUCUGCUUGGAGGCGUUCGAUGUGACACCACCGUAUCUAUGA